AUGUAUAAUCGCGCUCGUACUCGUCUGUACUACUACCCUAACCCUGUUCCACCUGUGCAGUGUAAAGGAUGCCUACUAUCGGAAAAAUUUUAUACAUUGCUGACAUGCGCACUAACAUGGUAUUGGAUUGAAUACUGUUCGUUGCGGUCCUAUCAACAAAACUCAUCUUUCCGUGGAUAUUUACAAAUGGAACUUACGAUGCAUACCAACGAUGGAUUAACAAUUAAUGUUCCGUUUCCUGGUUACAUUUAUCUAUGA